GAUGAAAUAUCUAUAGAGAAAGAGACUGUUCACAUGAUGGAUAUUACAAGGGGCGAAUUCUGCGAUCACUGCAAAGAAUGAACAGACAAAGCUUAGUUUACAAGAGAGAGCAAGACUAUAUGAUUGAUCAAAAGAUAAAAGGGGAAAAAAAUAGACUGAAUCACAUGGUGGGGGGUGAAUUGAAUUUGGACCCAUUCAUUAUCGUUGCUCUUUUCAAGGCAUCCAAACAAUGCUCCUUCCAAUAAGGUUGUGGUUAACCUGCAACUACCGUUUCUUCGAAUCUAACUGCCCUCCAAUUACAAUAUUAUAUUGAAUAGUAAUACUAUAUGGUGUCCGUGCCUAUAUAUUCUCAGCUAAUCUACCUGUUCUCAUCAUCCUGGGUCAGAAAGCAAGAAAUGGAGGUCCCUAUGAUAGACUUUGAUAAGCUUGAUGGUGAGAAAAGGGCUGAAACAAAGGCUCUUCUCCACCAAGCUUGCGAGAAAUGGGGGUUCUUUCAGAUCGACAACCAUGGAGUUGACAAGAAGUUGAUGGAGAAGGUGAAGCACUUAGUGAAUACACACUAUGAGGAAAUCAUGAAGAGGAGCUUUUAUGAGUCAGAGAUAGCUAAGGCCCUGGAGGAUAAAGAAACUGCAUCUAAUAUAGACUGGGAAAGCAGCUUUUUCCUUUGGCAUCGACCAACUUCUAACAUUGAUGAGUUUACAAACAUCUCAGAGGAUCUUCGCAAAACAAUGGAUGAGUACAUUGCUCAACUGUUCAAGCUGGCAGAGAAGCUUUCUGAGCUCAUGUGUGAGAAUCUUGGUUUGGAGAAGGGCUACAUAAGAGAAGCAUUUUCGGGAAAUGCAGGGCCUUCAGUAGGGACAAAAGUGGCAAAAUACCCUCAAUGUCCUCGACCUGAGCUUGUUAGGGGGCUCAGGGAGCACACUGAUGCUGGUGGAAUCAUUCUCUUGCUCCAAGAUGAUCAAGUUCCAGGCCUUGAAUUCUACAAAGAUGGAGAAUGGGUGGUAAUUCCACCUUCCAAGAACAACACCAUCUUUGUAAAUACAGGUGAUCAAAUAGAAGUCUUGAGUAAUGGAAGGUAUAAAAGUACUUUGCAUCGUGUCAUGGCAGACAAGAAUGGAAGCAGACUAUCCAUUGCUACCUUCUAUAACCCUUCCGGUGAUGCCAUCAUUUCACCAGCUCCCAAGCUCUUAUAUCCAGAUCACUUCCGUUUUCAAGAUUACCUGAAGCUUUAUGCCACAACAAAGUUCGCAGACAAGGGCCCCAGAUUUGAAUCAAUGAAGAACAUGGCAAUUGGGCAUCACAGUCUUCAUGCAUAGAAGAAGCUUUUAAAGAAAACUAUAUGUAUUUCCUAUUUACUAUUUUGUACCUUUUGUUCUAUUAGUGUUGUAUUUUCAAAUUCCAAGAGAAGAUAGUGGCUGUUGUUUCUUCCA